AUGGCGACGGUACCUUUGUUCAGCCAAUUUCCCUGCAAAUCCCUAGUUCCAAGCUCAUCGAACUCUAAAUGCCAGUCGAAAUCCCCGAUUCUACUCCCCAUGAAUUCAAUCAAUCGUCGUUCCGAUGUUGGAAUCGCUGUUCAUCGGCCGGAUUUCAAGGUCAGAGCCACGGACGUCGACGACGAGUGGGGUCCUGAUUCGGCGGAGAGAGGAUCGAAUUUAUCGGUGGCUGAGAAAGUAGCAGACGAAGCCAUCGAAUCCGUGGAGGAGACGGAGCGGCUUAAGCGAUUGCUAGCGGAUUCGCUGUACGGAACAGAUCGAGGUUUAAGCGCAUCGAGCGAGACGAGAGCGGAGAUCAGCGAGCUCAUCACGCAGCUCGAGUCGAAGAACCCUAACCCAGCCCCUAAUGAAGCUCUGUUUCUCCUCAACGGCAAAUGGAUUCUCGCCUACACAUCGUUCGUGAGUCUGUUCCCAUUGCUCUCACGCAGAAUCUCACCGUUGGUUAAAGUGGAUGAGAUCUCACAGACCAUUGAUUCCGAGAGCUUCACCGUCCAAAACUCUGUCCGGUUCGCUGGUCCACUUGCCACAACAUCCUUUAGCACCAACGCUAAAUUCGAAGUCCGAAGUCCUAAACGCGUCCAGAUCAAGUUCGAGCAAGGCAUUAUUGGAACUCCUCAGCUAACGGAUUCGAUUGAAAUCCCGGAGUUCGUCGAAGUUCUUGGUCAGAAAAUCGAUCUCAACCCCAUUAGAGGGUUACUUACAUCGGUCCAAGACACGGCUUCUUCAGUGGCUAAAACCAUUUCAAGCCAACCACCGUUGAAAUUCUCUUUGCCUGGAGAUAAAGCGCAGUCGUGGCUGCUCACGACUUACCUCGACAAAGACCUUCGGAUCUCCAGAGGCGAUGGCGGAAGCAUCUUCGUGCUCAUCAAAGAAGGAAGCUCUCUCUUAAACCCUUAA